AUGGCGAAGAAACUUCGGGCAUAUGCGGAUGCUGCUUCCAGUAUCCUGCCAGUGUCAGGUGUGCUGCAGCCAGGAGAGACCCAGCAGGUCUCCUUGCCCUUCUCUGGCCACCUCAACAGCAUCUCCAGUGCCACGGCGCUGUGCCACGUGGAGGAAGGCCCCAGCUCUGAGGUGCUGGUGCCCGGGGAGGCCUCACGUGCCAGCUGCUCCCCGAGCCCCCAGGAGAUCAACUGUGGCUCUGGGGCACCUCUCAGGGAGAGAAGGGAGCUGAAGCAGCCGGCUCCAAAGCUUGAGGAGGAGACAAAAGCCUUGGCGGAGGAAGAGAGGCGGAAGGAGAAAGAGAAGCAGAAGAAAGAAAAGAAGGGUGUCUCUGUGGGGAAGGAACCUCCAAAAGCAGAGAAGGGGAAAACCAAACCCCCAGAGAAGAAGGAAAGCAAGGCCCCAGAGAAGAAGGACACCAAAAUCCCAGAGCGGAUGGAAACCAAAGCCCCAGACAAGAUUGAAAACAAACUCCCAGAAAAGAAAAACAAACAUCCAGAAAAGAAGGAAACCAAAUUCCCAGAGAGGAAGGAAAGCAAGGCCCCAGAGAAGAAGGACACCAAAGCAUUAUUAGAGAAGAAGGAAACUAAAUUCCCAGAGAAGAAGGAAACCAAAGCUCCAGAGAAGAUUGAAAACAAACUCCCAGAAAAGAAAUACAAACCUCCAGAAAAGAGGGAAAUCAAAAUCCCAGAGAGGAAGGAAAGCAAAGCACCAGAGAGGAAGGAAUUGAAAAUCCUAAAGAAGGAAACCAAAUCUCCAGAGAAGAGAAGCAAACCUCCAGAAAAGAAGGAAACCAAAUGCCCAGAGAGGAAGGAAAUCAAAAUCCCAGAGAAGGAAACCAAGGCACCAAAACAGAAGGAACCCAAAGCCCCAAAGAAGGGGGAAGCCAAAGUGCCAGAGAAGAGAGAGACCAAAGCCCCAAAGAAGAAGGAACCCAAAGCCCCAAAGAAGGGGGAAGCCAAAGCCUGAAAGAAGGGAGGAACCAAAAUCCCAGAGAACCCAGCUGAGCUGGAGAAGAAUUCUUUAUUUUAUUCACGCAACUUAUUUUAUACAGUUUGACAAACCUAAUGUGCCACUUUAGUUAGUUAAUAGAUUUCUUAUUAUUAGUUAUGCCAAUUAUUCUGUUGGAUAAUAAAAUAUAUUUUACUUGUGCAUCAAA